GGCGGCAGACGGAUCCCCGCCGCGUCAUGGCCGGCCGCCGCCUCCUGGGGCUGCUCCUGGUCUUCGCCGCGCUGUUGGGCGCAGGUCAUGGGGAUGACACAGAUGACUUCAACCUAGAAGAUGCCCUGUUUGACCCCAUCACAAGGCGACCCACUCCCAAGGGCCCCAGAAAGCCAGCAGGUGGGACAGACUUCGAUUUGGCCGAUUACUUUGACACACCCGUGGAGACUACCACCAAACCAGCCAAGCCAACUCCCAAGCCCUUCCCCAAGCCAGGGAAGCCAGACAACAGCUUUUGGGAUGUCAUUCGCACCACUACGACCAAGCAGCCAAAAACUACAAGAGCCCCUCCUAAGCGAAACCCAGAAAAGGAUCCUAUGGAUUUUGACUUGGCUGAUGCCCUUGAUGAUAAGAAUGAUGGAAAAGAUGCUGGGAGGCCAGCUGUAAGGCCAGGUGAAGGAUUUUCAGAUGAUGACCUGGCCAGCAUUGUGGACGGCGGCUACAGCCCAGACAAGAAGAAGGGUGCCAGUGGCAACACCGACAAUGACUACAGCAGAGGUAGGUUGGCAGAGACAGGGACCAUCGCCGGCAUCGCCAGCGGCCUGGCCAUGGCGCUCAUCGGGGCUGUCUCCAGCUACAUCUCCUACCAGCAGAAGAAGUUCUGCUUCAGCAUCCAGCAGGGAUUGAACACGGAGUAUGUGAAAGGAGAGAACAUGGAAGCUGUCGUAACCGAGGAACCCCAGGUUAAAUAUUCAGUCCUGGAAACGAAGUCAGCAGAACCACCAAAACAAGAGAGUUCGAAGAUAUAAAGCAUGACCCAGGGCUAGAAAAUAAUCAGUCAGCAGCAACAAAGAUCUUACAUGCUUGUAAUUUAGCUUUUAAUUUGACUCCAAAGCUAUUUAAUGUGUAUUUAGGCUUGAACUGGCUUUUUACUGCUCUAGGGUUUAGGGUUAGACUGGUAGCAUGUGUUUAUUUUUUUGAAGAGGUUUAUGUUUACAUCAAAGUAGUAGUGUAGGAUUGGUGUGCAGUCAUAUGGAAAUCCACAGAAUGUACUUCAGCUGUGCUAAGUUUUCAAGAGCUUACAGGUAUGAGGACGGUGAAGUGCCUGUAAAUAGCAAUCCAAAGCCAAACCCUGCAAAGCCCUCUGCAAAACGCCUCCAGCCACCUUCUGCAUCGGGCUUGGGGCAGCAACACUUCCAAUGGUGGGAACAAAGCUGCACAUUUCCUGAGGGUGGACUGCAGUCCUUCGUGUAGCUACACCUAAAAAUGAAGUGCCUAUGAUGGGUCCUUGUGCGGGGCCUUGGGCUGAGCCAGAUGACUCCCUGCUCCAAAGCCAGGAGUGAGGAUGCUUCACCACACCACCCAGCACUGGGCUUCUAACCAAAGGACCUGAUUUUCACACCAAGUCACAAAUACAGAUUAUAGUAGUGUGCACAGUGUUCACUUUUAGCAAAUGCCAUUUGAAUGCUCCACUGUGCUGCAGAUCAGAAUGGAAGUGAAGUGAUACAAUUUUUCUUAAGCUGCACCAGGGAAGUUUAGGUUAGACGUCAGGAAAAAAUUCUUCACUGAGUGAUUUUGGAAUUGUCUGCCCAGGGAAGUGGUGGAGUCACUUUCCCUGGAUAUGUUUAAAAAAGACUGGAUGUGGCACUCAGUGCCGUGGUUUAUUUGAUGAGGAGGUGUUAGAUUAGGUCAUAGUUUGGACAUGGACGUGAUGAUCUCAAAGGUCUUCUCUAACCUAGUUCAUUCUGUGAUUCUGUCUCUGACAUGAGAUAUCUAUGUUGCCACCACAGUUAAAGCUGUGGAUGCUUUCAAGGACAGCUUCAGAUCUGAGUCACAGUAGAACAAGUGACAGAUUUAACCCAAAAGAAAAUAAAAGCAGGUAUCUGUUAAGAUUGUUAAUGCUCAGUACCACAACAGAACUCAAGCUUAACAAGAUGCAGUCCCCUCAUUCUUUUAUCAGCAACUAUCGGGAGUGCUCAUGGGCAGAAAAAGGAUUUAAGCUUCACUCUUUGUCUCACCAGCUAACCUUUAAAAAAGGCAACAUCUCCUGAGAGGACAAAUUCUCCAUCGCUGUCCUGCAUGGGGCUCCUGCAGCUGGCUGGGAAUCACUGGGCUGUGAGUGGUGCUCAGCAGACAUUGGGCUGCACUGGACAAUGCACACGCAGCCCCUGCCAUGCUGCCCAACUGCUGCCUAGACCUGACCUUCCCUAUCUUGCAAGAAUUUCUGUUUAGAUUUCUAUCCCUCCCUGGCAACCUUUUUGACUGCUGCUAAAAUGUGGAUAACUGCCACUUUCCAAUACACUAUUGCCAAUCAAUGAUUGCUUAAAAAGCAUGAUCUCAAGAGAAAGAACCUUCACUUUACAUGGUGUAAGAGGUACUCACUAUUUAUGUAUAAACCUGAAAUGUGAGCAUUUUGUACGGGUUUGCAAAUUCCCUAUUUUAUGAACGUGUAUUAAGAAAACCAAGCCUUUCAGUAUCAUGUACAAAUUCACAACUUUCAGGUAGACAUAACUUCCAGAAGGCCUUGCCAGGAGCUGAAUGAGCCCAGGAGCAUCGCUGUCUAACAGCUCUAUUUGGAAGGAAAUUGCUUAGUAACUUGGUUAAGUAUUUUGCAAUAGCUGCACAAUUCUUUAUGCUCUUUUUAACAUUUCAAUUUUUAAAGCCUUAUAUUAGCUCUGGCAGAACAGCUACAGUGGUUUAUAAGGUGCCUCACAACUAUUCUUGUUGUGAACACUUAGGCUACAGCGAUACUACUCUGAACUACUGCUGCUUUGCUUUAUGAAUGUGUUUGGAAUAGUAAAGAAAUGUUAAUUGUUGGCUCAGAUAAUGGAAGCACAGGAAAGAGAUGGGAUGCACUGUUUGCUUACUCCCAGAGAAGGGCUUUCAUGGAGGAAGUGGGGUGUGCAGAAUUUGUAAUAGGAGCUCAGAUGCCAGCUAAGCCACACAGCUGAAUUUGUGCAUCUCCAGUCCCAAGCACCAGCAUUUGUGUUUUGCUCUUACCCAAACACGUUUGAAAGCUGCAGCAUGAAAUGUGUUUUCUGUAAGUCACUGCAGAUGAAGUGUUACAACAGGCCACUGAUGAUCACCAGAAGCUGUUUUCCCAGCUUAGAUCUAGUGCCCAUAAUUCAUCCUCUCACUUUGCUAGUGCCCAUGUUCGUGCAGAUGCAGAUCACAGGUUUCACCCUGCUCUGCCUGUUUGACCAGAGUGUCAAUAGUCAGUGUGGUUUAAAGAGCACAGCACCUACCCCUUCCUCUUACACUAGGGCACAGAGGGAGCACAAGUCUAAUUCAAAAUUCUGCAGGUCACAAAUUUAACAAAGAAAGGCAGCAAGCUGUUUCACUGGAAAACCCACCCACUUUUGGGACUCAGAAGCUGCUGCUUUGCUCAAGGCUCUUCUAUAACGUUGGUGAUUACUUACACCUUAGUGUAAUGUGUAGGUAUGUGGAAAUCCAUAAAUGCACAGUGAAAGAGAACACUUCAAAAGUGAAUAGUGACAGAAUUCAAGAUUUCUUUCUCUAGGAUUUCAGAUAGGAAAAUACUUGCAAAUCCUGCAGUAGAAAAAUUAGGCUUGGCCUUCUCUUCAAAACUGAACAGAAGUCAGAGUCUUAAUGAUAAAUGUCAGCAAAGGCUCAAAUGAUUUUUUAUUACUGUUUGUCCCCUCUUCCAUCUGAACUGCACCAGUCUCUGAGAAACAGGGAGUUUAUACAUCAUCUAUAUUUUAGGCAUUAUAGCAACUGAGAGGUUUCCUGUGUAUUUUCCUAAUAGUGAUCCAAGUUCUGGAACAGCUGACCCAGCACUGACCUCUACUUUCAUUUAAUUACUAUUUAUUCACUUUAAAUUGGAGUAUGGAUUUUUAAAAAAUCCUGCAUUUAAGCUUUGUAUACAUGGCAUGAACUUUCUUGUCGUUUAUAAAAAAAGGCAAUAAACCACUAGAAUAUUGGUUUUUUUUUCAUGAAUCCAAAACCUAUAUAUACAGACAUCCUUAGAGUUUGUGUACUAUGUAUGCUGUGAACUCUUUCUUAUGACACCUCACUUCUUAAUCUAUUUUAAAUGGCUAUAAAAUGUUUCAGAAAAGGUUUUGACAAAGGUUUGACAAAGAAAAGAACGAACUGAAAUAAUUCAGUUGGCUUUUUUUGUGUUUAUUCCUUGAAUUACUUGCAUUUUCCUUUGACAGUACUUCAUUUCAGAUUCCUCAGCUGAGAAUACUCUGACACGAAUUUCAGAUCUUUUUAGCAGUAUAAACCCAGUCAUUUUCAUGCAACCCCACUAACAAAUCCUUACAAGUGCUCUACUGUCAUUCUUAACUACUCAUUUGUUGUGGUAAUAGUGGAAUUAGUCCAUAAUACUGUUUCAGAUUCUGCAAAGGAAGGAUGAGUCGGCAGGCUGAGGCUUUAAAAAUUAUUUCUCUAACAGAUGAGGUUCAGGAACAAAUGAAGUUCAGAAACAACGGGGUUGUGAAAUUAGAGAACCCUUUCUUUUGAGUGAAGUUCUCACUUAGAAGCAAGACAUUUUCUUGCAGCUGAAAAAGUGACCUGUACCAAAUGAAGGUUGAACGCUACGAUGUUACAAAACACAUUUUGUUAAUGUGCAUGUAAGGGUCACUGGGGUAAAAAACAGGAUUUAACUGUCUUUGGAAAACACCAA